UCCGCGGCCGCUUCCUCUAUCCUUUUAAUAAAGAAGCCCAGCGGCAGUAUCUAUAUUUAUAUAAACUAUUAUAAUAUUAAUAAUAUAAUAUUAAAAAUAUAUUACCUAUUAUUAUUAAUUAAAAAGACCUUUAAUAUUAUUUACCGAAUAAAGAUUUUUAUUAAGUUUAAUAUUAUUACUAUUUUUAAUAGGAUCCGUAUAAAAGAAGGGUAUAAGUAA